CUUGCCGUGUUACUCCCGGGAGCCACCACCGACCGGAGAAAUGAGGAUGGUUGUAGAAUACGGAGCCAGGGAAUGGAGACACCUGUUGUUGGGCUGUGACGCCAAUGCCCAUCACAUGGCCUGGGGGAGCAGCGACAACAAUGAGAGAGGACACAAAGGUGUUGCUGGCAAUGGUGGGAGCUGACAAGUGGGCAAACAAAGGAGCUCAUGGGUCCAGAGGCGACGUGUGGAAUUGCUUACAACACAGCACGGAGAACUCUGUUUGCCAGUGGAUGGGCAUAGAACAUCGAAGGAGCUGGGGUAGAACAGAAGGCAACGUACAGUCAAAGAGAAUGCUGCAGACACCUACCGGGGCAUUUGCGGCAGAUGCCCUUGGGCGAGGAAAGUGGUUGGCUUCAUCAGCGGCCAUUGGGUAUUCCGCAGACAUGUACACAAGAUGGGAAUUCAAGUUUAAGGCCUCUUAA